UCCUACUCACACUCGUCUCCUCCUCCUCCUGCUCCACCGCCGACGGAUUCCCCCACCUACUUCCGCUCAAUAGCCGUUUAAAGAGUUGGAUUUGAUCAGUCGAAAGGCAAAAGUAUGAACCAAAUCGGAGAUGGUGGAGAGCCACCAUCAUCGUCAAAGACGGAGAUUUUGGAUAGUCCGCUCCACAUGUUUGGUUUCGAAAUCGACGAACUUUCACCUCACAGAGUUUCAGGCCACCUUUUGGUUACACCAAAGUGCUGUCAGCCAUUCAAGAUGUUGCACGGAGGGGUGUCGGCGUUGAUAGCCGAGGCUUUGGCGAGUAUGGGAGCUCAUAUUGCGUCGGGUUUUCACAGGAUAGCUGGUAUACACCUCAGCAUCAGUCAUUUAAAAAGCGCACAGGCUGGCGACUUUGUAGUUGCUGUGGCUACACCUGUCAAUCUUGGCAAAUCCAUUCAGGUUUGGGAGGUGAGCUUAUCGAAAUGCGAUCCGUCGAAUUCGGAGAUUAAAACGCUGAUUGCGUCUUCGAGAGUUACUAUACUUUGCAACUUGCCGGUGCCGGAAUCUGCAAGAGAUGCUGCUCAAAAUCUCAAAAAAUACGCCAAGUUAUAAUACGAACGAACGCUGUUUAAUAACGAACCCUGUGGUAUAUUGAAGCAGAGUAUAUAGCUUUAUGUGUUCAGGAACUUAUGUUGCAUCAAAAUAAAAACAUUUGCUGACGUAGUAAAUUAAAAUAAUAUUAU